AGCAACAUUAAAUGGUGGGUCGUGUAUGCAACAUCUACCAAAUACGGUGGCUCUAUUGUAUCUGUGUGUACCGGGUUUACAAAUCGAAAUGCCCGAAUGCAUCAAACAAAUAAGUGUAAAGCUUGCAUCCUUUCGGCACUACUUAAAAAUGAGUGAACGAUUAGUUGAGUGGCAAUGUACAGCGUAUGGGGAGGAGAGUAACGCCUCACUGAGAUUGUAUGCGUGUGCGGUGUGCAUACUGGCUCGGGACUGCUGACCCACAUUGACGGAAAUAUAUUUACAUAUAUACAUAUGUAUGUACAUACAUACGCAUACAAUGAGGUUCUCGUACGUGCUCGAGUUAAAGAACGAAAAUACAGCUAUAUAUUCAACUUAAGUGUGUGUUGAGACUGCAUUGGUUUAAAAAAUGUCAUAAGUUAAAAAGGAAAAAAAGUUAAAAACUAAAUAUUCAAAAAUUCUAUGGAAUGAUAGUGAUAAAUGUUUGUUCCGCUGACUAAAAUGUUAUUAAUAAUUGUAACGUACGAUGCAUAGGAGUUAUGGCAAGUGACGUAUGCUACAAUUUGUGGCCACACAAAGCGAAUAGGAAUACCAAAUUUUGCAAUUAAAUGCAAAUGCAAUGGAAUCUAAACUAAUUUGGAUAAUAGCAAUAUUUUAUUCAACUCUUCAGCAUAUCGGUUCCGCCUCAUCGCCACUGAAACGUCCAAGAGCAGGAGAUCCUUUCGAUACAUUUCCAAAAAAUUUUUGGCAAGAAUUUUCAUCUCCUUUUACGGACACACCAGAGGAUGAAGAAUCGGAAAUAACAGAGACUACAACUCAUGAACCUUUUCCUUUUUUUGCUGAUCCUUACACAACAGUAAACGUCAGCACGCAACUGAGCUCGAAUGUACAUUUGCAUUGCAGAGUUAACGACUUGCAAGGAAAAACGGUAUCAUGGAUGCGCCGCAAAGGUGAUGACUUGGCCCUGAUAACAUUCGGUCGCCACACAUACAGUAGCGAUUCAAGAUAUUCCUUGGAGUUUGAUGAGCCAAACGACUGGAAACUUUCGAUACAAUACGCGAAUGAACAUGACGAAGGCCCAUACGAAUGUCAAGUCUCUUCACAUCCGCCUUUAGUAUUGUUAGUGUAUUUAACUGUAAUUGUUCCUCAUGUGGAAAUCCUCGACGAAAGAGAUUCAGCCACACCUGAAAAAUACUACAAAGCUGGAAGCACCAUCGAGCUAAAAUGUGUAAUUUCAAAAAUACCGCAGCCAUCAUCUUACAUCACGUGGCGUCACGGUACACGAAUGCUAAAUUAUGACACUAGUCGAGGGGGCAUCAGUGUUAAGACUGACAUGCUGCCAGGAAGAGCUUUAAGCCGUCUCUACAUAGCCAAUGCCAACCGGCACGACACUGGCAACUAUACUUGCAUGCUUGGCAACGAUAUUUCGGGCACCGUCAUGGUACACGUCCUAAAUGGCGAAGAACCAGCCGCCAUGCAGCAUGCAUCCGCAGCUAGACUCGGCUCUCCUAUAUCGAUUGUUGUAGCAACUUUACUUGCAACAAAAAUAUGUUUACGAUGACAACGCUAGCAUCUAAUGUUCUGAACUAACACCAACACCACUUGUCCAAAACUGCAUUUUUCAUGUCUACUCGUACAUAAUAAUGGGUUGUUUUAGUAUAACAAUAAGAAUAGAUACAUACAUAUGUAUAUGUAUAAAUUACUAAGAUUGAAAAAUUAAAAUUAUGAACCUUAAACUUCUAGCGAAAUAUUAGCAUAAAUUCAUAUAUGUGAAUGUACUUACAGCAUUCAAAAGUAAUAAGUAUGUUUGUUGAUAUAUUAACUUUUGUGGUAAAGAAACAGGAUCAUUUGGUUUUUAUACAAAUGAAUCGUAAUCGCGUACGACAGUUAAAAUCUCCAUAGGAAUCACUAAGCUGAUUCUCACGUUUGCGGUCCUUAUCGCGUAUUUCUAAAUAAUUCCUCGGGUCACCUAUAUUUGGCCAUGAAAUUUCGUAAACUUUAUUUUAUAAUAUUGAGGAAGGUGGAGGGGCAGACGUAGACUAAGGAAUUUAGGCUUAUUAUGGUUUAAUUUUUAGUCCUACUUGUUGGCGUAGUAUUUUAGAUCUUUUAGCUUCAUAUCGACCUUUUGAUUUACAUAUGUAUAUAUUUCUACAUACAUACACUUCAUUAUUGAGUUUUUCACCCCUUUCUUGCUUAUAAAUUUGCCCUAUGCAUUCACUCCAAAGAUUCUCAAUUUGAUUGAAAGAAAAUGCAAAAAAAGUAUAUUCUCUCCAAGGUAAGGUAACAUUACUUCCUCCAUUAACCGACUCCAUUCCACGAACGACUCAAAAGCCGCCGGGUUUAACCGUCUUGUCAAGUUAAUAUAUAAAUAAAAUGAUUUACCUCGGCAAGUUCUUGCUCUUAUACAUAUUAUAUCCGCAUUUCCCCAUCAGCGGAACUAUGCGAUCUCUCCUCCCAGAAACUUUUGUAUUUUGUAGUCUCCUACAAAAGGUUCUACUUGAGAUUACAUUUUGAAUAUCUUCCGCAAUUGUUUCUCGAUUUGUGGAAAAACAUCAAGUCGCGUACCACAAAUCGGAGGCACCUCCGACCAAUCACUCAACAAAUUAUGUACGCACAAGUUAUAAAUAUAUGUAGAUGUAAAUACAUAAAUAAUUACUUACUUUUUCACUGUCCCAGUUUCUCCCGAAAUUGCUUGAAAAACUGAUCUAUCGCACUAUUUGGGUUGAGUUUGGUGAAUGACUUUAAAUACGAAAAAGUUUGCACAGAAUAAAUUUUGUCCACUAAGAAAUAUUCACUUUACAAAACCGGCCAAAAUUUAUUCUAGCCAAGCGACCGACCAAAGUAAAUUAAUCCGCCCAGCUAUUUUCUACUUUUGAAUCGUUUCCGAUUCAACUUCUACGAUGCUUCUUUGAAAAUCCGAAAAGUUAAGCUGUAUUUCUUUCAUACACCAACUUGUAUAAAAGUUGCUUUCCUGGUGGCAUAACAAUAUGCUUUUUACGGGAGAGUCAUGGCUUUCCUUGUUUCGAUAAAGACGAAAAUUUUUGUUGUAAAUUUUUUAGUCUAAGCUGCUCUAGGGCAUCCAAGAUUGCUGAGAAUUUCAUCCUGGAAAAGACCACAGCGAUAGGGCAACUAUCCAACUAUUAUUUACUAAUUUGGUUUAAAUCGGACUAUUAGAUAGGUUGAAAAAUUCAAAAAAAUUCUCAACGUAAAGUCUAAAUGAGUUUCACUUCUUUUUGUCUUGGAAUUAAUAUUACAAAUAAAUUAUAAUAAUCCUUUGGCAAAUUCUGUAGAGUUUUCAAUAUUCUUUUGAGUGUGACCCGAAAAAAAGCGACUUUGAAAAUAUCGUGAUCUGGAAAAGCAUGAAAUUGUUGUACGGCAUGUUGUGACAAAAAAACUUAAAAUAUUUCAAAAACUAAAUUUUUCGAAACUCAUAACUAUAAAAUCGUUGACAACAUAUUUUAGGAAAAAAUAUUCACAAAAUUCAUUAAUACAAAAUUACCUACGAGGUAUUAAAUAAAAUCCAAAAAGUUAUUUAUACAACCAAAAACAAUUUACACACUUAAAAGCAAGUAAAUAUAAUAUUUUAUAGCAAUUAGGGUGCUAGUAAAUAUUAUUAUAUUCGAAUUAGGAUUAUGAAACGUGCAUCCAAGAUGAUUUAUAAAGGUAAAAUUUACGAACACUACUCUAGUACAUACAUUCAUACAUAGCAUAGAGGUACUCAAGUACAUAUUCGUCACACGUAAGUCCUCUGAGGGUAGCGAGAUGUGCAUAAGCCACAAUUUUAACAAAAUAAGGCAAAAUAAUCGAGUGAGAUAAUGAAACAAUACUUAUAGUGAAAUAAAACUAAAUUAUCUAAAAUGAUACAAUUAAACUAGAAAUCAAAAUACGUGCAAAAAUUACAUUCAUGCAUACAUACAACGUACAUAUUUAUUUACGAAUGAUUGUAAACAUUUAGUACUUCAUUUAUGAAGGUGUCAUUCUGCCAAAAUAAAUUAAUAAACGUACUUGCAUUCAUACAUAUGUGCGUGCAUGUGCAAGUUCUGCUUAUGGUGGUAACCAAAAAAUCAAAAAUUAAAGAAGGCAAGACUAUCUCUCAUUCGGAGGCACUAUGUAGCUAGAUAACUCAUUUGUGAGCCUGCCAAUGUUACAGGGUCCGGCACUCGAAGUGUAACCAAUUAAAAAGGCCGUACACUUAGUUUGGAAAAUUACAUUUAUUCAAUUCAAAGUAAAAAAUAUGUGAAAAUAAUACAAAACUGAGAAUCAAUUUACUGUUGCUCGAUAUGACCAUCUUUUGUCUUGACCAUGGCCUUGAGACGGUUCAGAAACGAAUCGUAAGCUGCCCGACUGGGAGUAUACCGGCAACUUUGGCCCUCUCGUGGACAAUGGCUUUUUUCAGCGCCUCGAGACUGGUGAAUCUUUUAGUUCGGACCUCGCUAUCUAAAAUGGCCCAAAGGGAAUAGUCCAUCGGAUUCGUGUCUGGUGAAUUUGAGAGCCACUGUAUGGACGUUAUGAAGUUCGGAACGUUGUUUUUUAGCCAUUUUUGGUUCACUCGAACUUUGUGAGGCGGUGCCGAGUCCUGUUGAAACGUGUUGAAACCGAAAUGAUUGUCUACCCACGGUUUCAAAGCAACCUCCAGAAUACUUUCUCGAUAAUAUUACGCAUUUACUUUGACGCCAGGCUCAAUGAAAACGAUUGAAGAGAGGCCAUCUGCGGUUACAACGGCCCAAACCAUUACCUGAGGCGAGUGCUUCCUCCUAGUAGCCAAUCGAUGACUUAAAUUUUCGUAUGAACGGUCGAUCAAAUAAACCCUAUCGGUUUAGAAGUUCGGACCUUGCUCAAUUUGAAAAAUUUUCUCGUCAGAACACACAAUGUUCGGAAAUUGGCCGCUUUCGGCCAAGCGAAGCAACUCCUUGGCUCUCUCAAGUCUGACUUGCUACUGCUUUGGUGUGAGAUCGUACGUCUUUUUGGAUCUUCUAAGCUUUGACUCUGAGCUAAAUUUUUAGUAUGCGGCGGAUGCUACGAUCAGAUAUAAUAUUUUCAGUUCUUUCGCCACUUGAUUGGCACUUCGUCGGGGAUUUCGCUCAAGUCGCUUCUUCACUUUUUGAACCAUUUCACGUAACGUUGCAGUUUUUUGAUGAACACGUCCAUGACGUUUCGCGAUGCUACCAGUAUCAUUGUAACGAGGAACGGUGCGAUAAACAAAAACUUUAUUUACUUUCAGGUGCGCGAGUUCACGAACAAUCGCUGGUUGUGAUUUUCCAGCCAAAUAUAAUCCACAAACACUAUCACGUUUGAAAUCCCUUACUGAUUUUCUUUUUUCGCGUUUACUCCCGUGCGAUUGUAAACAAUACUCUGGACUGUCAUUUAGUCAACUAACAGACUAGUUGCACGGGCAUCAGCUGCGCGAGCGCUCUGAAGUUGGUUACACUUCGAGUGCCGAACCCUGUAAUAUUAUUAUGGUUUUAUGUCACUGAUAUCAGUUAGAAAAAUAUUUUAAUUUAAUAUAUAAUAUAUUAUAAUUUUACUUAUACUAAUUUCAUUUUACCCCAAUUAAUUUAAUUUAACUUCUUUUUUUUAUUUGUUUUCUUCAUAUGUUUUUAAUUUAAUUUUAUUUUAUUGAAACAUUUUUUUUUUUAUGUAAAAGGUUAAAUAGUGUAUAAGUACAUUUGCUGAUAUGUUAACCACAUUACAAAAAUUGAAAUGGACUAUAAGUAUAUUUUACAUAUAACUUCAGCAAUUAAUUUUCGGCUAAUUUAAAACACAUUUGAGUAGAGAUUUUGCUUAAAAAAGAAAUAGAUUUUGUUUAUUCAAAGCUUUCGGUUUGGAUGAAGUUUUAUCCUUGUUUGAAAGUCACAUCUUACGAUUUUUAGGGUUACCGUUUAUUACAAGAUUAUCUCUAAAUUAGACCAUGUGAUCUAAGAUGAAAUUCUUUAUAUUUUUCAAAAUGAAGUCAAACGUCGGGGCUUAUGACAUUUGUUGAUACAGCUAUGAAUAUUAUCAUAAUUUAUUAUUCUUUAAAUUUGGAACCCAUAUAGGUCUAAAAAAUGUUAAAUGAAGAAGGAGAGUGGAACAUUUUAAUUUUCCUGAAUAUUUAUGUAUAUUUAUAUUGAAAUGCAUUGCAAUAUAUUCGUAAAUUAAAGUUAAGAUAACUAAGUUAAGGAUAUAAGUAAUAAAAUUAAAUGAAAACCAACACCAGUAUUUUCAUACAAAAUUG